GCGGGGCUUUAUCACGGACUCUGAUUGGCCAGCUCUUCCCAUUCCCAGACUGCCUAUUGGGUUCUCACGGGACGCUCCAAGAUGGCGGCAGCGGCAACCUGCGGCGCUGGUGCUGGGAGUCCCGGGUCUGUGGCGGCGGCGGUCGACAGGAGCAGCGCCACCAGCUUCCAGAGGAAGGGCCCCAGAGCCGGCGGUGCCGACGGCGGAGGCCCUCGCCUAGUGUCCAUUGCGGGCACCCGGCCGUCGGUGCGGAACGGACAGCUGCUGGUAUCCACCGGGCUCCCCGCCCUGGACCAGCUCCUAGGUGGAGGGUUAGCCGUUGGAACAGUUCUUUUGAUUGAGGAGGAUAAGUACAAUAUUUACUCACCGCUGCUCUUCAAGUAUUUCCUGGCUGAGGGCAUCGUCAGUGGGCACACUUUGCUGGUUGCAUCCGCCAGAGAGCAUCCUGCUGGCAUUUUACAGGAACUCCCUGCACCAUUGCUUGAUGAUAGUUAUGAAAAAGAAUUUGAUGAAGAUGGAUGUAAUCAUAAGACACCAGACUCUAGUAUGAAGAUGAAAAUAGCUUGGCGGUACCAGUUAUUACCCAAGAUGGAGGCUGGACCAGUGUCGUCUUCAAGAUUUGGUCAUUAUUAUGACACAUCGAAAAAGAUACCGCAGGAACUCCUCAGAACUGCAAAGUGGCAUGGGUUCUUCCUUCCAGAAAGAAUAUCUCCACCCCUCACUGUGGAGCCCUGCCACUUGACCCAUGGCUACAUGAAGCUGCUUGAGUUUAUCAAGAAGAUCGUUUCUGAGGAAGGCGUUGAUGGAUCCCAUCCCCAGAAAAAAACGAAAAAUAUCUUAAGAAUAGGGAUUCAGAGCCUUGGCUCACCCUUAUGGGGUGAUGACGCUUGCUGUGCAGAAGCCUGUGACGACAGUCACAGCCUCACCAAGUUCCUCUACGUCCUCCGCGGCCUCGUGCGAGCCUCACUCUCAGCCUGCCUGGUCACAGUGCCAGCACACCUGAUCCAGAAUAAAGCGAUUACUGCUCGUGUUACAAGCUUGUCAGAUACAGUAGUGGGCCUGGAAUCAUUUGUUGGUUCGGAGAGAGAAACCAACCCUCUCUAUAAGGAUUAUCACGGUUUGAUUCAUAUUCGGCAGAUUCCUCGGCUUAAUAACUUGAUUUGCGAUGAAUCAGAUGUCAAAGACUUAGCUUUUAAGUUAAAAAGGAAGCUAUUCACCAUCGAGCGCCUGCACUUGCCUCCAGACCUGUCAGACACGGUGAGCAGAGAGAGCAAACAGGAUGUGGCAGUGCCCGCCCCGCGGCCCGGCCGGGGCUGCAGCGGGCUGGCCGAGGGCGAGAAGCACCUGGACUUCUAGGGCCCCUCCCGGCCGCUCCCGCACUGGCGGGCUGCUGACGGCUUAUGUAAAUACUGCUCCUACUGACGCGGGGAACGCUGCGAGGGUUACCAAAUGUCUCCGCUGGCUCAGCCGGCUUUCUACACAGAAACAGGGCGGCAGAGACACUUGCAUUUUGGAAUUUGCCUUUUGCUGUGUUUAAAGAAAAUCAGUGAUUUAUUUUUCAAUAGAGACAAAAAAAGGGUGAAAAAAAAUCGAGCUGCCUUUCGGUGGUCAUUACUGUUUGUGUGCCAGGCUGCUCAGAGUCAAAGUGGAGCGCGUGUGCCGGGGGUAAAUAAACAUCAUGAAAUCUG